AAUGCACACAUCACGGGGUUUUAACUUGCCAUGCACCCAGUGGUUUGCGCAAAAAUCACCGUACGAAGCGACAUUUCACACUUACACUGCUACUCACCAACGCACCAAACCCACAACAAUCGCCUCCUCUUCCGCUUUCAGACCCAAAACAGGAAGUGACUUUCUUGUAAGAAUGAAAUUAUAUCUCGUUACUGCCCCCUCUGGCGACUCCAACGGCUGACUUCCAUCCACAAUAAUGCAACAGCAUAUGCUACUGACAGCACUGACCGAAAGUCUCCAUCGAAAUUAACGACCCUAACAGGAGAUGCGUUCAGCUUCAGAGAUGAACGUUCUGCUAUAGCUUUGCCAACUGCACCGGACCGUCCGUCCCCUUGAGGUCCAUGGCGUUCCCCAUCCAGUUCCUCUGGAGGGCCAUUCGCACUGUUGGAUUGGUUCUCUUCUACUACGUCUUCUCCAUUGGAAUCACUUUCUAUAACAAAUGGCUUAUGAAGGGCUUCCACUAUCCUCUCUUCAUGACCUUGGUUCACCUGGCCAUCAACUUCUGCCUGUCAGCUCUGACCCGGCAGUUGAUCCAAUGCUGGACUGGAAAACCUCGCACUGUCCUCAGCUGGUCGGAUUACGUCUACAAAGUGGCUCCUACAGCCUUUGCAACAGCUCUGGAUAUUGGUCUGUCCAACUGGAGCUUCCUCUUCAUCACCAUCAGCUUGUACACAAUGACCAAAUCAUCUGCUGUGCUUUUUAUCCUCUUCUUCUCUCUGGUUUUUAAGUUGGAGGAGCCAAACCCAUUCCUGAUCCUGGUGGUCCUGCUCAUCUCCUGCGGGUUGUUUAUGUUUACGUUUGAGUCAACUCAGUUUAACCUGGAAGGUUUUGUCAUGGUGCUGAUGGCCUCCUUCAUCGGGGGCAUCCGCUGGACCCUCACGCAGGUCCUCAUGCAGAAGGCAGAGCUGGGGCUGCAGAACCCCGUCGACACACUCUAUCACCUCCAGCCGCUCAUGUUUCUGGGCCUCUUUCCGCUUUUCCUCUACAAUGAAGCUUUAAGCCUCAGCAUGUCUGAGAAGCUCUUCCGAGUGACUGAGCUGUGGCCUCUUCUGAAUUCUGUCUUCCUGCUGAGCAUCGGCGGGACCUUAGCCUUCGGUUUGGGCUUUUCAGAGUUCCUGCUCGUCUCCAAAACCUCCAGCCUCACCUUAUCCAUAUCAGGGAUCUUCAAGGAAGUGUGCACCCUGCUGCUGGCUUCUUCUCUGAUGGGAGACAACUUGACCCCCAUCAACUGGCUGGGCUUCGUUGUAUGUCUGUGUGGCAUUUCCUUGCACGUGGCUCUCAAGACAUAUUAUUCCAAAAGAAAGAGUGCGUCUGUAAGACAACUCAGCAGCAGAAGCCCAGAGCUGGAGUUGCCAUUGCUGCUGCAGAACGGAGAAGAAGAUGAGGAUUCAGCUGCAGAGGAGCAUGAAAUGACUCUGCGAUGAGGCUCCGUAGUGAGGCUUUCACCAUUCCAAAUACUACUAUUGCACGCACAACACUGCCAUCAAAAGUGGGAAGUGCCCUGCUUCACAAGCAUGUCUCCAGGGGCUUGUUAUGAACUAUGGGCUUUAUUAUUGACUUUUUAUGGGACACAUGUUUUGCCUGAGGGCAAAUCCAAGAUGCAGAGAGUGUCUAUGAAUUUUGAUCUAUGGUGGGAGGCAGCUUUUAAGCCUUAGGGGAACACAAAGACUUAAAUUGUAACAUGAGUGUGACUCGCUAGAGUGUUUACACGCCUCUUUCUGCAUCCAGAAAAUGAAUGGAAAAUUCAGUAUUAGUCUAAAUCUUUCAAAAGCCUGAAUGUGGGGGUAUCAUGAUACAUUCCUGUGGAAGCAUAAAUUAUUUCAUGUGUAUUUCACGUGUGAAAGUAUAUUUAAGUGUGUUUCUAUCUGACUUAAUGUAAAACAAUGAACUCCUGCCAAGUGAUGAAAUGUAUUUCACUUUUAAUUCAGAUGUUUCCUCAAUGUGCCUUGACUUGAUAACAGCUGCCAUCUUGGCUGUUUCAGUGUGUAGGUGACAACAUAGUUGCAUUGGAUCUGGUCGAAGCUUUCAGUGUCACUGAGAAAUUACAGU